AAGGCGCCGUGUUUAAGCAGCAAGUAAUGGAAGCCGUAAAGUGAACACAGAAGGACGUCAAAUUCAUUUGUGACGACUCGCUAACUUUGCUGCUAUUGUUUUUGCGUCAACUUCCGUUUCCGGAAAGUGGCAGCAAAGAUCGUGUCUUAUAUACAGUGGCGUCACUGCUCAAAGCAGUGUCCGAGCAGCUUUGUGUCGCUGUGAACGGCUAUCCGAGUGAGUGCUCUUUGCACUCGAGCACAUCUUCGGUAGCGUCGUUGACCUGAAGAUCGGAAAGCAAAGGAAGUAGGUCCUUGUACAGGAUGGCGGAGCAGAACGUGGAAGCGAAAGUGAAGAAGCUCCUGAAGCAGGACAAGAUCCAACUGUGGAAGGCGCCCUACACCCUCGACGGACAACAGCCCGGAGACGAGCACAUGCAGGAGCUAGCGGAGCGCUACGGGGUCCUGUUGCGUAUGCCCGGGUCAGAGAUCGCGGGCACUCUGGAGGUCAUCCGCGUGCAGGCGCUGAGGAGAGGUCAGCGGAACCAGACCUUCAGGGAAACCAACAUGGCCACCGUGGAGCUGCUGCUCCCACGAGACUGCAACAAGGACAACAAGUCAAGGCUGUUCUUGGAGACCAGGCUGGACGUGUCUGCUCAGGAGUUGAUGGACAGGAUCGCCAAAGAAGUCGGCCUCAAAUCCUUCAAGGUGAUUUUAAACGGGAAAACUCUGAAUGGCGGCCUGCGCCUGGACCAGCAGGGUGUUUGCAACCACAGCAAGAUGAUGGUCCUCAAGGUCAGCGCCGCCGGCGUCGGGCCGUCCACUUCUCAGGACGGUAGCGACGCCACUGCCGCCUCGCAGUCCACUUCGCAUGACCACAGCGUUCAACGCACGCAUAGAGGCUUCCAGAUCCUCUCCGAGAGAGACGGCAGCGACAGCCUUCAGACCACGCCCUUCCUGGAGGUCGCCGACCAGAAGGGAAACCCGCUGAAGAUCCCCCACAAGGAGAAGAAGGCACUGAUCCUCGCCAUGGGCCUCCAUGAGAAGGGGCGGGCCUUGAUGAAGAGGAAACGUCACGACGAUGCACUCUGUCACCUCCUGCAGGCUGACCUCCACUUCAGCGAGUGCGGCUCCGAGCUGCUGGGCGCCGUUGACAACUACGGCGUGCUGCAGCUCGACAUCGUUUGGUGCUACCAAGCGUUGGAGGCCUUGUCGUGUCUGGACGACGGGCGCGAGCGUCUGCGCCUGGCCGAGGACUGCUUCCUCAGAUGUUAUGGCGAGCAGCAACAGAGGCUGCUCAUGAUCAAGGGCAACACGGGGCGGGAGGAGGUGCUGUUCCUGCGCCUGCACCUCCUACAGAGCCUGCUGGCCUUCGUGGACGGCAACGACCAUCAAGCCCAGCAGCAACUCGACCAAGUGGAGUUGCUGUACACACGCUUGUGUCCCGACACGGACAAAAUGACUCAGCUGAUGGUGCUGGGCUUCAGCGAGCGAGAAGCCCGACUGGGUCUGCGAGCGUGUCAUGGCGACGUGCACGAGGCCGCCAUGCUCAUCAGCAACCAGACACAGGAGCGGGAGGAGCUAAGGCAACGGGAGCGUCGCAAGCGGCAGCAGACCAAGGCUGGCUUGGCAAUCCUGGCUGAGGCGGGCUAUGCCGCUCGGGACGCCGCCACUGCACUCGAGCGGGCCGACGGCAACGUGGACCAAGCCUUCCAAAUCCUGCUGGACGCCAGCCAGACGCUCGCCACGUCCGACUGGAACACCAAUGAGAAGCUCCAGCAGUUGUUAUAUUUGGGCUUUGAGCGGUCGCCGUCCGAGGCGGCGCUGGCCUUGACCGGCGGCGACGUCCAGUUGGCCACCGAGCUACUAAUGGACAACCGGGGAGCCGUCCCCUCGGCCGCCACGCCCCCCUCGGAGGAGGAGCCCAGCACCUCGUCCAGCUCCACGGAUGACAGCGAGCUUGUGAACGAGGUUCUGGAGGACAUCCCGCAUCACGAGGACGACUACUUGGACCUGACGCUGGAGGAGGAGAUGCAGCUCAUCAACACCAUCAAGACGCACCUGGCGCGAUCCCUCGCACACUGACUGGACGAGCGGUCGGCGCGACUGCCUCGCACUUCUCAGGUUCUGGGUUCAAAUUGUGCCAAAAAACGCGUUGCUUCGCUGAAGGUGGGAAGGGCUGUUUGUCUUUGUGUGACCUUUGACUGACUGGCAACGAGAGCUGAUCAAGGGCGUCCCCCAAAAUGGGCCCGAUGAUGAGAAGCAUAUGGACGGAUGGACUUUGAGGAGCUUGAUUUUGUACUACGUGUGCAACAGGAAGUGACGUCGGAGGACACAUUGGUCUGGAAACAAUGUCAUACUUUUAUUUUGGCAAACCCUGGCAAGUGCGUCCGAUGGCUCGGACGUCUGGACACGGUUGACAUGGGAAAAAAAAAAUUCUUCAAAAGUAGUUGACCACUCGUCGGAUGGAUUGGAUGUUGGAGUUUUGCGCCGGGGCCGCAGCAUUAGCCGCGAUCCAGCACAAACGCGGCUGCGGAAAUUGGGCUCCUCGUAUAUCACCCGCCUGCGUGUGGGACAAAUGCAUCAGAAAAUCACAUUGUCCACAUAUGUCCUUGUUCAUGUGUUGGGCUGGUCACAUAUUGCACAAAAUAUAUUUUAUAAAAAGGCCUUUGCUUGUGGUUUUGCAGGACAACACACAUGAAUAUUAAAAUGGCUGAUGGGGAAGUUUGCA